AUGACCACACCAUCUCUAGCAUCCACAGGAAUUGACGUCGAGUCUGAGUUGGAGUCAGCUCAAUCUGCAACUACCUCCGCUUCUGCAAGUCUCCAGCCAUCUGGCCAUGUCCACGAUAUUCUCAAUGUAUCUCUACCAUGUACCAAGCCGGAUUCUCUCUGGGACAUCAAUCUUUCCUUCUCGGGACAUGUUCAGAAGGUGACUCCUCAUGACCCAAAUCUCUUGGACGUCUUGAAGAACGACACUUCUUCGCCAUAUGUAAAUGGCCAUGGAGCCCUCCUUGCUCCUGCUUUAUGUCACCCCCACAUCCAUAUCGACAAGGCUUAUCUUCUUUCCCAUCCAAAGUAUGCUCACCUGCAGAUCGAGAAAGGUUCUUUCGACGAAGCCAUGGACUUGACAUCCAAGGCGAAGUCGAGCUUCGAAUACGACGACCUGCUUGAACGUGGCUUGCGAGUCAUAGACGCAAGUGUUCAAGCCGGAGUAACUUCUAUGAGGGCAUUUGUCGAGGUUGAUCCUAUUGUUGGCCUCAAGUGUAUUNNGGAAGCAGGCAAAUCUCUCAAGGACAAGGCCGACCUUCGAUGCCAUGUUCAAUUGUGUAUAUUUGCCCAACUGCCUUUGUUCUCAGGCGAUGAUGGAGGCAAAGAGAUCAGACGUCUUGUUGAAGAAGCUACUGACCCUACAUACUCUGCUGGUGUGCUCGGCAGUACACCGUACGUUGAAGAUGAUCGCGAGAAGAUGAAGAAAAAUGUCGAAUGGACCAUUGAUCUUGCUCUCGAGAAGGAUCUUCACCUGGAUUUCCAUCUUGACUACAAUCUUGACCCUGAUACUGAGCCAUUGGUCUGGUAUGUGGUUGAUACACUCAAAGCUAAAAACUGGACAACCCGGACCAAGAAGACGAUCGUCCUGGGACAUUGUACCCGCUUGUCGUUAUUCAAAGACGAUGAAUGGAAACGGCUCAAGAAAGAGAUUGCUGGUCUACCCAUCAGUUUUGUCGGUUUGCCAACAUCUGAUCUAUUCAUGAUGAGAACAGAAACUGGUGCUCGAGGAACUUUGCCUAUACCACGUUUGAUCAAAGAUUAUGGUUUCAAUGCCGCGAUCUCCAUCAACAACAUUGGCAAUCCUUUCACGCCACAAGGAAGCUGUGAUCCCAUUUUAAUAGCCAGUUUGGGUGUUGGCGUCUACCAAGCCGGCACGAAGAGAGAUGCAGAAAUCCUCUAUGAAUGUAUUUCCACCAGAGCCAGGAAUGCUAUUGGGUUAUCUACUGAAGCCGACUCGAAUUCUGCAAACAUGCUCUCGCUAGAACCCAAGAAGGACGCAGACAUGCUCUUGUUCAGCAAACACGACCCAGCUUGGAGAACCAGACGGACUGUCUCGGAAGCUGUCUACCUUUACGAUGGGUCUGGCAANAGGACAGUCUUCAAAGGUGGCUUGCUGGUCGAAUAA